AUGGCCAACAGCUGUUGCCCUGGAAAUGCCACCGUCAUUCCAACUGUGCCUACCAUCUCCACCUGCCCGACUGGAGACAGCUUCCGAUGUGCUAUCUGUUUGCCCAGUUCCUGCCAGAGCAGAACGUGGCAACUGGUCACAUGCCGAGGAAAUUACCAGCCAUCCAGCGGCACCCCUAGUGGCUGUGAGCCUGCUUCAUGUCAGUCUGCCUGUCUUUCAGCAAAUUCUUGUGUGGGUUUUGUUUGCCAGCCCAUGUGUUCCCGCAAAGCCGGCACCGGUCAAUCUCCUCAUAUUGUAGGCUUGUGCCAGCCAUUCUGCUUGGAAUCUGCUGGUCGUCAGGCAAAGGGCUGCGAUGCCAGUCCUGGCCCACAAAGUUCCUGCCAGGAACCUGUCUGCAUAUCUGGAUCAUGUCAGGAGGCUCGUGGCCAAUCAGUCUGCUGUGAUGCUGGAUCCUGCCAGCCAUCCUGCUCUGAAGUGACUUCCUGCCCUGAAACCUCUUGCCCACCAAUCAUCUGUGCAGCUAGUCCAUGCCAACCAGCUUGCUGCCAAGGAGGUUCAUGUCAACCAGUCAGGGGUGAAGGCCAACCCUGGAAAUCAACUUGUUAUCAACCCAUCUGCUACAUUUUCAAGCCGUGUCAACUAGUUCCCUGCAUACCCGUUCCCUGUCAGCCAUCGACUUGUGUGUUCAGCUCUUGCAGUCCUGCUUGCUGCGUACCUUCCUCUUGCCAUCUACUUCACACCCAACCAGCUCCUAACCUUGGCUUCAUCGGCCUGCCUGCAGCUAACUACAGACCAGCUUCCUGUGCCACUGUACUUUCUGGUCAACCAGCUUGUGACGGACCCAAUUCCUGUAACCAAAGUGGCUGCAAAUCCUCUUCCUGCCCAUCAGCUUGCUGUGUGACAGGUCUGAGCAAAUCAUCCAGUGGUGGCUCCAAUGGCUUGCCAACUUGCUGCCAACCCAGCUAG